CCUCAUAAGUAGGUGGACGUGCAGCCGCCGCGCUCAGUGUCCGAUUCUGCAGGUGGAGGACAGAGGUGGAGGCUGACAGACGGCAGCAUGGUCCCUCUGAGGCUGGUCGCCUUCGGCUUGCUGGCUGCAGCCGGAUGUCUCGCUGGAGUUGCAGAGGCCGAGGUUGUGUACGCGUGUCUCAAUGAAACUGCUCACAUGUCCUGUGAUGGCGGCAGCCAGAUACACCUGAACCACAUCCUGUACAAGGUGGGGGUGGGGACGAGAUGCGGCGAGGGGAAAAAACACCCGGACGACGGACCCGACGCCUUCUGCUCCUUCCCGUGGGCCGAGAUGGUGGUGGAGGACCUCUGUAGCAGGAAGAGGUCCUGCCGGGUCCCCGUCACAGAGCUGGUGUUCGGGGAAUACCCCUGUAAAGAGGAGACCAGGUACCUGGAGGUGUCCUACACCUGCCUCCAACCAACUCCUCCUCCUCCUCCUCCUCCUCCAACCAAACCCGACUGUAAGGAGAAAGAACCCAGUGAGGUCUGAUGCUCCGCAGGAAGACCACAUGUGUCUCUGAGUCUGCAGCUCGCUGCGUUUCUGUGCUGCAGAGCAACACGCUUCAUGUCUGUGAAGAGGCACACGCUUCCUCACAGGAGGCGGGGCCUUUCAUCCCAAGGGUCCUGAAGGUUUUCCCUGUUCUGCAUCUGUCAUUGUUACAGUGAUGUCAUCGUCUGCUUUUGUACUCUAAACAAUGAAAACAAUAAACAUGUAAACACAA